UAAACCCGUCUCGAAAGGAUUCCAUCGAAUAUGGCUUCCAUAAAAUUUCCGAACAAACCGGAGAACCAAACUUUCUCCUAUUAUUCACAAAAAUUUCACCCUGCAGCAACAAAAAAUCACCGAUCUCUUCGGAAUUGGUCGCAGACCUCGCACGCAAUCCUAUUCUACUUCAACGCGCAAUUGGUGUAAUCUAUGCACCGCAUACCGAGUUCGAGUCACAUUACUUUAAAGCAAAAGUAUCGAAACAAUUUGAUGCGGUGAUCCAUAUAGAUCAGACAAGUGCACUGGAAUCGUUGGACGCCGUUGAACAGCCCGAGCCCGAGGAAAUCAUGAAUGAG